UUGACCAAUAACCAGCCUCCCUGUUAAAUACUUCCGGUGGCAUUUCCGGUCUGUGUUUGUAAACUAGAAGGAAAAUUGGAAGAUCUGCAAGAAACCAAAUAAGCAAAAGUCAGAUUAAAAAGACUGGUUUGCUGGGCUGUGAAGUGUUGUUGUCCAGCAUGGCACUAAUGCAGGCCAACAGUAUACCAGGGCAGAAGAUGAUGUCACCUUUGGGGCAAGGGCGAAGAGACUGUCCUGAGUCCGACCUGCAGCUCUGUCAAAACCACAGACACCAGGUGCAGCACGGACAGCCUCCACACAGCCAUGUUAACCAUCUGUCAGCAGGGGUCGGUCCUCUGCUGGUUGGAAAAGAUGGGCGCUAUUGUUCAUCUAUUUUGAAUGAAGACAUGUUGGCAAAUCAGAAUAUGCAACCCAAAAAGAAGCACAGAAAGUCUCCUUCGCCCACCAAAAUAAAAGCAGAAGAACAGCGUUUUAUGGCACCACUUGAAGAUGAUGAAUUAUCUCUAAAAGUUCAGAAGAAUUUUAUCUGUGACCAUUGUUACGGAGCCUUCAGGAGCAGCUAUCAUCUUAAGAGACAUAUAUUGACCCAUACAGGAGAAAAGCCAUUUGCCUGUGAUUCAUGUGAUAUGCGCUUUAUUCAGCGUUAUCAUCUGGACAGACACAAACGUGUUCACAGUGGUGAAAAACCGUACCAGUGUGAUCGCUGCCGUCAGAACUUCUCACGGACAGAUCGGCUGCUGAGACAUAGACGUUUAUGUACAACAGGAAUUGUUAAAGAAGAAAAUCAGUCUUACUCGCAGGCAGCCUCCUCACACACUAGUGCCUGGGGAUCUUUACAGUCAGCUAACAGUCGUCUAACUGUGUGACCUGCUGGCUUCCUCUAACAUGGACUCAAUACAAUACUGCAGAAAAAGCCACGGUCUGAAAAACUCUCACACACUGAAACAGCCUAUCAGACGUACCUUACUGACCUUCUAAAUUAAAGAGCAUUUGAUGGACUUCAGACCCAUAACAUUGAUGGCGUGAGAGAAUGGCAAUCAUCAACUUUUACAUGGACAUCUAAAGAUGUAACUGUUCUACAAAAAAGUUUGUGAAUGACAAACUUAUGUGCUCUCAAGUCCUACAGACAAGUAAGAUUGUAGUGAGCACUCAUGAGGCAUAAAGGAUCAUUUACGGAUUUUUCUUUAUGGUUACAUUUAUUUUAGUUGUUACAUUCAGCAUACUGGUUACAUCCUUGUCUAUUUGAAGACUAGUCCAGACCAAAUCAUCAUUCGCUACAUAUAUCAAGGUCUCCUCCCACUAUUGCAAAAAUCCAAACAAACCCAACCAUGAUUAUCCAUGCAAACCAGUAAGUAAAAGAACACCAGAAAUGACUCUUUCAAGCUCCACAACACUAUGACUGACUGUGAAGCAUAGGAGCUUCCAGUGAGUGAGAAAUGUUGUCCAAUGCCAACCAAGGAAACAUGUCAGUAGAACUUGACACCAGCUCUCAAUGGUCACUAAUGUCUGGAGUGGCCCUUUACUUCCAAACAUGUAUACUGAUGUAUAUUAAUUGAUUGCAAGCAAUGUUAUUAUACAAAUCAAGUGUUCUACCUGAUCAUUCUCUAGUCCUAAUGCUUCAUUUUGAAAGAUUAGUUUUGUUGUACUGGAUAGCAGAUUGGAUGUGGUUUGAUAAACAAUGGGUUGCAAACCUGACAGUUGCUCUAGCAGGACAAAUGUGUUCUGUGCCUGUUCGAGAUAAAUCAGAAUUACAGGAAAGUGUUAGAUUUUGUCCAAUGUAGUUGUAGAGUGUAGACGCAACUCUCUUAUAUACAUAUAUACUCUUUUUAAUAUAUUUUAAAUAAGUCUUAAGUAGGGGUCACCAAGGGGCCUAAAUGCAGUUUAGUUUUAUAAGUUUCCAGAGUUUUGCAGGAAUCCUUUUCCCUCCUCUGCAUUUUAUAGCUGAAGUGAAGCAUUUACACUGAUUUUUAAUUAAUGAUAAUUGAAGAGUUGUGUAGAGCUACAAGUCUAAAUAAACAUUCCAAUAUAUUG